AUGUUCGCGCCCAACGCGACGUCCAGUGGCAGCCUCGAGGCGCGCCAGCGCGUAGCGCAGCUGCAGCUUCAGGCUGCCACCAAGCAUGUGAUCGCCGUGGGGCGCGUCGUGCGCAGCUCGUACUGCGACCACUCGGGCUGGGGCUACAAGCAAGGCAGUAUCAUCAAGAGCAGGAAACGUCGCUACUUUGUGCUUAAGGGCCGAGAGCUCAUCUACUUCGCAGAGCGCUCGCCCAGUGGCAAAGGAAUCGACGAGAAGGGGCGACUUCGAAUCAGUGGCGUCGAUUUCACGCCCGAAUUCACGAAUGCGCUCUUAGUCCGAGGAGAACUCAAGAACCAGGCAGUCAAAAUGCAGGUAAACUCGAACGAGGAGAGCGACGAGUGGUUCCGCAAGAUCUCAGAGGCACUACAAGCUUCCAGGGACGAGGCCUUGGCUGGAAGUAAUCAGAGAGGCGAAGCUGGGAGUGGCGCCGUGGCAAUGAAAGGCUGGCUGCUCAAGGAAGGACAGAACUUUAAGACUUGGAAGCGACGCUACAUGACACUUACUGAGAGGACGAUUCAGUACAGGGCGCAACCUACCGAGAAGCCGUUGGGUGAGACCAGAGUGAAUGCGGUUAAUAUUAACCCGUCGAGACCCUUCGCGCUGGACAUUUACUCGGAUAAUAACCGGAUUCUGCGGAUCGCAGCGGAUUCUUUUGCGGACAUUGAGGCGUGGGAUCAUGCGUUUGCCAAGGCGACGGGUAAGAGGCCGUGCUUUGGCGACCCAUACGCUGGACAGGACGCGCCGUUCCUUGGCGAGACAUUCGAGGAGAGUGUUCUGUGUGAAGGAUGGCUUUACAAGAGAGGACAGCGGUCGACGGAGUGGCAGCGACGGUAUUUUAAGCUGAAGGGGUUUAAGCUGCAGUAUCAAGAUGGACCUGGGGAGAGUGUGCCCAAAGGUGCAGGCACAGUGGUGGGCUUGAAGCUGGGCGAGGCAGGAUCCAACAGCGUGUAUGUGCAGCUGAGCUCGGGUCGUGUGCUGUGUGUGAGUGCAGACAGUCAGGCGUCGGUGGAUAAAUGGGUCCAAGCUAUCUGCAGUCUGUUGGACAAAGAUCCCAAGACGUUGGAGAAGGAAGUUCAUGCUGCGUCGGCCGGGGUCUCCAAGGGAGGAAGUAGCAGCAAUCUUCUGACACGCGCACUUAGUCGUGCUGGAUCCAGUGCCUGUGUGCCACCACCCAUAGCGUCACGCAGUGCCCGGUCGAGUCAAAGUGGUGCCAGUGGGACUCGAUCGAGUCUUAGCGGCACUGGUGGCUACUUGGAAGGCUACGACGAUACACUGCAGGCAGAUGAUUCUGGUCAGCUGUUGCGUGAUUCUAGUGGAAGUUAUCGCUCGUCUCUCGGGACUGGGAACAACUCAGCGUCUACAACGCCCAGAGCUUCCACGACAGGUCUGAAUCGCAAAUGCGGAUGGCUACGCAAAGAAGGCGCUCGCGUUCGCUCGCUCAAACGUCGCUACUUCAUGGCUGACGGCAACAAACUCUACUACUUCGAGCAAAUUGGCGAGGCUCCGCGUGGUAACGGCAUCGUGAAGAGUGCCAUUCCUAAUGAUUCUUAUCCGAACUGUCUGGACUUUAUCCUUACGUCGGGACGGACGCUGCGGGUCGUUGCCGAAUCUCCAGAUGAAAUCCGCUCGUGGCUUGAUCACUUUAACGACUGCAUUCCAGGAGGUGACAACACUGAGGAACGUCGCAGUGCGCUGGAGAGACUAUCGCUUGGCGCAGCGGAAGACACAGCUUCAAGUGUGACGGACUCUGGAGCUGGCUGGUUGCUGAAAAAGGGACAGAACUUUAAGAACUGGAAACGACGCUUCUUUAAGCUCGAUGGCAAGCAGUUCUCGUAUGCGAGUGCGCCAGACGCCCCAGCUCUGGGACGAGGCGUCGUGGAGAGUGUCACGAUUGGCCAUGCGCGGCCCUUUUGCUUGGAUGUCCGCUUCCAGAAUGGCCGAGUCAUGCAGGUUGUGGCGUCCAAUGAGAUGGAAAUGAUGGCCUGGAAUCGCCUGCUGCAAGCUGCUGUGCUGUCGGCGCCGAUCGAAAGCGACUUGAGGCAGGACACGCAGUUCGACUUCGACGACGCAGAGGAAGAUGCACAGCUGGACACUAUGCGCACUGUGGUGACGGCUGCUACCGCGUUCAAGCGAGGAUUGUCCAAGGCGUCGUCGACGGUGAGCACAGCUUCGAGCGACCGUAGCUAUACGCAACGAGAGGUGAAAUCUACUGGCCAAAGUGAGGACGAGCUGGUCAAGAAGACGAACGACCGAGCAGAAGCAGCAGCGAGGGCGGUGGCGGCUGCUGUGGCGGGAGCAGGGAGACGCUCACUGCGUCUGGGGACAGCGGAGAUGGAAGAACCGGUUGUGUGCAGCGGCUGGCUGCGCAAGGAAGGCGGCACCGUCAAGAACUGGAAGCGACGCUACUUCACUUUGCAUGGCCCCACUCUGUGCUACUUUAAAAGCGACAAUGGGGCGCUCCUGCGCAGCUUCACGGUCUGUCACGUGGUGACCUUGCGCACGAAAAGGCUAUGUCUGGAGAUCACGACGGAGGUGGGACGCAAGCUGCUGGUGGCCAGCGAGACGCAGGCAGAUCUCGACCGUUGGCUUGACCACCUGCACCGCGCUAUUGCGGCAGAAAAGAGGAAGAAACAUGGCGCCGACGCUCCGCAAUGGGCGAAGGAGACACCUGUCUCCGCCGCACCGAUGGCCCUGCCGGUUGGGACCCCCAAACCGGGCAGUCUUGCGUACAAGGUGCUGUAAG